AGAUUUCGUCCUAGCAACGAAUGGCGGAAUAGCAACAUUUUCCUGAUGUGAACGUCACAAACUGGAUAUUUGUUUCAUGAUUUCCGUCAAAUCAGGAUUCAAUUGAAAGCUAUCAGAAAAUUUGAAACAUGGCGGACACAUUGGCUCUUAAACCGUGUACCCCUGGCAGUCCAAAAAAGAGAGUGACUUUAUCAGCAGGGAAGGAUCAUGAGAAUAGAAAUGGGAGCGCCACAGGGAGAAAAACGCCUGGCAGCCCAAAUUCUGGGGAAUACUCUAAACCUGUGGUCAGGAGUGCAGUUAGGAGAUGGAAGCGACUACACGAACAAAACAUGAUGGAAAAGUUAGUGGUCAUCAGGAAUGAAAAGAAACAGAAUGUCAGACUAUCAAAAGAUGAUGCUAAGAAAGUUGCAAGGAAGAUUCCAAUUGAAAUUCUUGCUAGAGAAUGGCUUAAUGAUAAUGAGGCAACACUUGAGGUCAGAGCUUAUUUGGUUGAUAAAGUGCUACCCACGCUCAUCCUGGGUGUAGAAAAACUACUUAAUGAGGCAGACAGUAAGGGACUUGCAGAAGAAGGAGAAGUAGCACCAAAUUUCAACCCCAUCAACUUCCUAGCUCAGUACCUGAUGAGGAACAAUCCUAAAUACUGUAACUUAUCCGAGGCAUCACCUUACGUUAGGGGACUAAGGGAGGUGGCUGAUGACCUCAAGAAACAGUUGUUCAACAUAGAGGACAACAGAUUGGCAAGAAUUAAGGCUGAGGCCAAGAGAAGGAGAGAGGAACGAGAUAGAUUAGAACUACUCAAACAGCAGGAGAAAGAGCGACGGGAAACUGCCUUCAUGGACCAGUUCUCCAACUGGAACGUCCAGCCUGAUGGCAGAGUGGAGCUAUCUAUUGUUCAAAAUGCCUUGCGGUCAUUUGUUGAAAUUGCCGAAACUUUCCCAGAAGAGUUACAAAAUGCUGCCAAAUUGAGCCAUGCACUGGAACCAACAGACGAGACUGGAAAGUCACUAACAGUUAAAGAAUUUGCUCGAUACAUGGGAAUAUUUGUGGAGGAGCUGAGUAAAGAAAUCUUUGAUGAAUUCAUGACACACUUGUCCAAGUGUGCGACGUCUCACAGAGCGGCAGCCAGUCGUGAGGCGCGGCGUAUCCUGCUGACCAACCUCUUCAUCACUUGUGACCACAGCGGAAUUGGUUUACUGGACCGACACAGGAUUUUGAGUCUGUUUGAAUCUUACUGGGAUUCCCUGAAGGAAGACAUUAAGAGAAACCUAAGGAACCCAAGAAGAUGGCCGGUGGCGGAGGUUGACGAGGUGGUUGACUAUUUCGAUGACGAUGAAUUUGACAAACCAGAGGAAGCUAAACCAGAAGAGGUUCCCCAGACCCAACAACACUCAGGAGACAAGCAGGAGGAAGUACAGCAGGACACCACUGCUGAUGGUGCCACUACUGAAACUGCAACGGAGGGAGACAAACCCAAGGAAGGUGAGGCUGCGGCAACUGACGCCCCCAAGGAAACAGAGGGGGAGAAACCUGCCGAGGGAGAGGCACAACAGCAAGAGGUCACACAGGAGGUGGCCAAGCAAGAGGUCACACAGGAGGAAGCUAAGCAGGAGGAAGCCAAGCAAGAAGAACAAUCAGAGAAAAAAGAAGAAAAGACAGAGGAAAAGCCAGAGGAGAAAGCUGGAGAAAAAGUGGAAGAAAAACCUGCUGAAAAAACCGAAGAAAAACCUGCCGAAAAAGUAGAGGAAGAAACACAGAAGGAAGAGCCAACAAAGACAGACGAAGUAGUGACAGAUGGACAGACAAAAACAGAGACAAAAGAAGUUUCAGCAGAAAAGACAGAAGACGGAACAGCUGAAAAAACAGAGGAGAGCCCAACUGAUAAACCUGAGGAGGGAACAACAGAAAAGGCAGAGGAAGAGGCAACUGAAAAGAAAGAGGAUGGGACAGGCGAGGAGGACGGUGGAAAGGAAGGAGAGAAGGAAUCACCGAAAGAAGGAGAUGAGGCAGCCCCAGAGGUGAAGGAAGACCCACCCAAGACAGUUCAGGCAGAGAACACGUUAGUCACAUUCGCUGUUGGCACAACAUUUAGCCGGGAAAAGACAGCAGUGACCCAUAUCAGUAAGACGUCUGGUGCGUCAGCAUUCGACGAGAACUCGCUGAAUGUGUCGCAGUUUGUUCAGCUGACCGAGACAUUCCUGGGAGAGGAGACUGUGGAAAAGGACACCUUUGAAACCCUCACCAAGUUUGUCAAGGGAGGGUACGAGGAAACGGAGGACGAGAAAAUGGAGAGGCUCAUGAAGGCCCGUAAAGAGGCCCUGUCCUCCCAACGUAAGUACCAGAUGGACAUCCUGUUUGAGAAGUGGGACAAUGACGGGGCUGGCUACCUGGACUUAGACGAAGUGGAAACAGUGAUGCAGAAAUACAAGGAGGGACAAGAGAACCAGGCCAUAGAAAGAGCAAAGGUGAGCCUGAAGAAGCAAGCUAAGUACUCACAAGACAACCGCCUGAGUCGACGCGAGUUCCGACAGUUUGUGCUGCUCGUGGUGGAGGAGCUACCAGGGGCUGACAGCUUCGAUUACUUCGUGGAGUUCCUUGUCAACAGUGUUGAGAGGACGUACGCUGAACGUAUCAGAGGAGAGGCCAGGAAGAAGUGGCUUCAACAGGUGGUGAAUGCCGCAGAGACGGGCGGUGCCAGCAUGGAGCCUGUGUACAAGGCCAUCUUCAAUGCGUUAUACAAGGAUGCUGAAGCCCACGGUGGGGGUAAGAGGAUCAGUGCUAAUAUCUCCAUGUUGGAGCGUAACAUUCUCGACCCCAGUCGUGGUGAUGUGUGUCUACGAUAUGUGGCCGCUACCGUGGACGAUUCCGCCUUCCUUCUCGGCAAAAUCCUAUUUAGCGACAUGAAGGGGAUUAGUUUUUCGUCUGUUGAGAAUGGUAAACCCAUCCAUGUACCUCGAGUGUACAACCACGGAAACAUCCAGUUCUGGAACCCGUACCGCGUACCAGAGGACCGUGAGGGAUCGUUCAUCGUGGUGCCCCUGAAGGACAAGAGGAAGCGAGUGUUUGGACUGCUCGGGAUUGACACACUAAAUGACAGACAUACAAAGACCAUCUUUAUCACUCAUGAGAUUCAGUUCUUCCAGGGUGUAGCCAAAUCCUUCAGCAUUGCCUACCACCAUGUGGAUAUGAGCAAGAAACUGCUGCGGAUCACAGAGAGUGCCGUGUCGUGGAUCCACAGACGGAGUCCACAUGUCCACGAGAUUACCACGUACAUGGUGGAGCCGGAGGGCCAGGAGAAGGAUUAUGUCCUUCGGAAAAUGAUGACAACCGAUGCCAAGGGCAACGUGAUCAACAUGACCAACCCCCCACGAUUGGAGAGGAAAGACAAUCUGUUCAGGGAUUACCUGUUUAAGUGUGUGGAUAACAGCGAGAGUGUGUCCGCUGACGCCUACGGACAGCGCCACCUAGGUUUCCCGCUGCGUAACGAUUCUGGAAAGGCGGUGGCGGUGGUGGACAUCAGUAUCGGAGAGCUCAAACAGCUGCCGACCCACGAGAACAAGGAGGUACAGAGGAUGCUGAGGUUGUUACAGCAGGCUCACAAGGAAAUCACGAGGGAAUCGGCCGGCGACGAUAAGCUCAUGGUGUUAGAGGCUGAGAAGGAUGACGACAACAGAAUGGACAUCAUGUUUGACCGCCUCAUGUUGAUGGAGCUCCGAGAAAAUGUGUCCAAGAUCGAUUCCAAGGGCUUUGCCGAGCUCCGGAGCUACAAUGAUCCUCCCAAGAUCAUCAACGAUAUCGUACGAGCUGUGUGUGCAAUAUUCUACUACGAAAAGGUCGUCUCCGGCGAGUUGGACAACUGGGGAGAACUCAAGGGGUUAAUCAACAGCGACCUUCUACAGAAGAUAGAGCACUAUGACCCUACAUCUACCGAGAACCAAGAACUCAUCGCCCCAGACAAGAUUGAAGUCUACCUCAAAGAUGUUCCUCACGGCGAAGUGGCAAAGUUCGGCUCCAUUCCCGCCCAGAACAUGUACAACUGGGUGUUUGUAUGUAUCUCCCUGAUUGAACACACACUCAAAAUGAGGAAGAAUUCGGACGAUGGCGCUUUGCUUCAGUCAGGACAGGAAGAGGUCAAGGCACCUGAGCCAGCUCCAGAGGUUCCAACGGCGUAGACGUGAGGAAGUGAGGAGAGAUUGAACCGCAGUGUAUGUAGGCUGGAAUAGACAGCAUUCGAGUUUGGAAGAGAUCACAGACGAAAAAAAAUAUCGACUGAUUUACAAUUGUCGGGGAGACGAAUGACUGACAACGUAUUAAUGAUACCUUUAUAAACUAUUGUGGUCUGGAUACGAAAGUUGCUGCCACAAUUUGUGCAUUUCCUAUGACGGAAUAAAUUUGUUCGUUCUGUACUGAAGAAAAAGAGCAAUUAUUGAAAAUAGGAACUGGCUAUUCUGUUCUGUCGGGUAUGACUGGGACAAUAUGUAGUGUAACUUAUUUUUAUGUAUCAAGUUAUGUCAACAUAGAUUUGUCCGUUU